UAUUGCAUCUGUAGGCUGCCCUACGACGUAACCCGCUUCAUGAUCGAGUGCGAUGCCUGCAAGGACUGGUUUCACGGCAGGUAACACAAAGAGAUCGGGCCUUUCCCCCCCUUUCGCCGCGGUCCUGCCGCCUUUCGCCGCCUUUUUCUCCGCCGGGCGCUGCCGGAGCCGCCGCCGUGUGCAGUUUUCCAACAGGCCUUUUUGGAGAGGAGGAGGAGGAGCCACUCUGCCCCCGUCUCUCGCUCGCUCUCUCCCCGUUGUAUUUUUUUUUGGUGUGUGUGUGUGUGUUUUGUUUUGUAAAUUUUGCUGUAUUCCCCGCACAAAGCUCCCCCCCAUCCUCGGGGCUCCGGUGUCACCGGGGUGGGGGGGCCAUUGUGCUUCCCUCUCGGGGAGGGGAUCGCUCCCGCCGGCCCGGCUGGGCGAUGGCAGCGCCGCGGUGGCGGCUCUGACGCCGGGAUGUUGUGUGUCCCGCGCCGCCCUCUCCUCGGCUCCGCACCGCUUCCUUCCCUCACCGAGACGGGGCCUGGGGCGGCCGGGGGCCUGGCCGCGGCACGCCCGGGGCGGGCAGGGGGAGCUGGGGACCGCGGCGGCGGAAAAUGGGGUCUCCGCCGCCCUGUCACUGGGCUCCACCGCCUAGCGCGGCGGGCCGGGCCAGCAUCCCGGUCGGGGAGAGAAUUCCGGGCCCCCCCUCUUUCUCCCCCCAAGUCCUCCGCGGCUCCCCGGGGCGGCGGGAGCGGGGAGGAGCGGUGCGGGGGGCAGCCGGGGUGUUUCCCGGCUGACAGGGCUGCCAUCGCCGCGCCAGCCCUGCGGCUUAACCCUUGGCGAGGCGGGCCGGGCUGAAGGGAGCGCGGCGGGGCCCAGCUCCGCGUCCGCCCUGGUUGGGGGCAUGCGGGGGGCGAAGGAAAGCCCCUCGGCGGCGGGAGCCGGGCGGGGCGGCAGAGCGCCUACCCGGGCGCGGGGAGGGCCGAGCGGGAAAGACUCUGCUCGUCCAGAGCCCGCCCCUGAGCCCGGAUCGGGCACCUCCGCCCCGCGGGGACCUGCGCCGCCCUGCCGCGCCCCACGGCGUGUUCCGUGCGGGGUGGAGGCGGCUGCCAAGAUCCCACCGCCACCCCCGAGCCGGCCCUGCCGCCGCCGCCGAAGUGCCCGAGGCCGGGGCCUACUAUAACGGCGGCUGCCGCCGGGCGGGGGAAAAGCGGCAGCGGCGGCGGAGCCUGGGCAGGGCGGGCCGGGGCGGGGGACCCCUUUUUUCGUCUCGUUUCUCCCCAAACCAUGCUGGUGCGGCAGACAAUGGGCGAGUGGCCGCGCUGGAGUUAAGGCGGCCGGGCGCAACUUCCGAAGCGUGUGUUAGUGUUGCUGCUCCUGUGAGAAACGGGGAAGUCGGUGACGGGGAAGCGAGAGCAGUAACGUUCACCCAGCUCCCCGGACACAGCCGCUUCAGCAGCGUCCUGCGACCGGGCGGCGAGGUCGCGGAGCGCUGCGGCCGGGGAGGUGCCGCGUCCCGGGCGGCUCGGCGGCGGCUGCCUUCGGGCCGCGAACGGACGGUGGUAGAGAAGCCGAGGUGGGGGAGGUUCUUUUAGGAGCUGUCAGCCAGAGGAGCUUCACGGAACCAGCGGCCGGACGCGUCCCGCACCUGCGGGACCCUCCCCUGGCCGGAGCUGCCUGGUGGGCGGUACCGGGGGUUAUAACUGUGAUGGUGGGGAAGGUGGAUGAGGAGGGAGUCGUGCGGGCAGGUUUUCCUGCAUCAGGUGUUACAGGAGAGGGUGAUGGAUCGUUGCCGGCUUUGCAGCAGUUCUCAAGAAGUGCUCAAAGUGUAAAAAGUGAAAUUAAAAUCUGCUGUGUGGGGGUUGAAGAAGAAGAGGCACCAGAUAUUGACAUCUACCAUUGCCCAAACUGUGAGAAAACCCACGGGAAGUCUACUUUGAAAAAGAAAAGAAAUUGGCACAAACACGAUACUGGACAGACAACAGAGGUCAAACCUGUGCAGAACGGGAGCCAAGUCUUUAUAAAGGAGCUGCGGAGUCGCACGUUCCCAAGUGCUGAAGACAUAGUUGUGAAGGUGCCAGGCAGCCAGCUAACCACAGAGUACUUGGAAGAAAAUGGCUUUGCAGAGCCCAUCCUGGUGCCCAAGAAGGAUGGCCUGGGCUUGUCUGUCCCUGCCCCCACUUUCUACGUCAGCGACGUCGAAAACUAUGUCGGACCAGAGAGGAGUGUUGAUGUCACUGAUGUCACCAAGCAGAAAGACUGCAAGAUGAAGCUGAAGGAAUUUGUGGAUUACUACUACAGCACAAACAGGAAAAGGGUUCUCAACGUGACCAACCUGGAGUUCUCGGACACGAGGAUGUCCAGUUUCGUAGAGCCUCCAGAUAUAGUUAAGAAGUUGUCUUGGGUGGAAAACUAUUGGCCUGAUGAUGCUCUUCUGGCCAAACCAAAAGUGACCAAGUACUGCCUGAUCUGUGUGAAGGACAGCUACACGGAUUUCCACAUAGACUCGGGAGGAGCUUCUGCCUGGUACCACGUGCUGAAGGGAGAAAAGAUCUUUUAUCUCAUCAAGCCAGCCUCUGCAAACAUUUCUCUCUACGAGCGCUGGCAGUCGGCAGCAAACCACAGCGAGAUGUUCUUUGCAGACCAAGUGGACAAAUGCUACAAAUGCACAGUCAAACAAGGACAGACACUCUUCAUCCCAUCAGGUUGGAUUUAUGCAACUCUCACACCUGUAGACUGCCUGGCCUUUGCAGGACAUUUUCUACACAGCCUAAGUGUUGAAAUGCAGAUGAGGGCGUAUGAAGUGGAGAGACGAUUGAAAAUUGUCAGUCUGACCCAGUUCCCAAACUUUGAAACUGCAUGUUGGUACAUGGGGAAGCAUCUGCUGGAGACAUUCAAAGGUCUGCAUAAAGCUGGGCAACAACCUCCUGCUCAUUUACUCCAGGGAGCAAAAAUUCUUAAUGGUGCUUUCAGGUCAUGGACUAAAAAACAGGCUUUAGCCGAGCAUGAAGAUGAACUACCAGAAAACUUCAAACCAGCACAACUUAUCAAGGACCUUGCCAAAGAAAUAAGAUUAAGUGAGAAUGCUUCAAAAGCCAGCAAAGCAGACACCAGUGCCAACGCCACCGCCGAGGAGCUGUGUCCUGUGGAGAAGGAGGAGCCACCAUCGCCUCUCCAAGUGACGCCUCCGCCCCCACCUGUAGAAAAGCUCCCCAAAAAAAAGACUCCCAAAACUGUGAAAACCCCCAAACAACUCAAGCCAUCCAAACCCCCCAAACCUCCUAAGCCACCCAAACCCCCCAAGCCUCCCAAAACACCGAAAGUUAAGGGAGAGGGCAAAAAGAAGGGAAAGAAGGCGAAAGAGAGUCCACCGCCAGCCAUCCCCAACCUCGACCUGCUGGAGGCACACACCAAGGAGGCUCUGACAAAGAUCGAGACGCCAAAGAAGGGGAAGGCUGCAAAGAAUGUUUUAAGUGUUCCCAAUAAGGAAGCUGCUGGGAAGCAGAAUGAGGUGGAGAAAUUUGAAGUUCGAGAGCAAAAUAAAAGCAAAACGGAAGCCAAGUGGAAGUACAAGAACAGCAAACCUGACUCACUUCUGAAAAUGGAAGAGGAGCACAAAUCUGAGAAGACACCUCUGUCAGGAAACAAGGACAACAAAUUCACCUUCUCCUUCUCUAACAAGAAGUUGCUUGGGUCAAAAGGGGUCAAGCCCCAGCUGAACACCAGUGUGUUUGGCUCACUGCAGAAUUUUAAAGAAGACAAAGCCAAACCUGUUCGUGAUGAGUAUGAGUAUGUGUCAGAUGAUGGAGAGCUGAAAAUCGAUGAGUUUCCCAUCAGGAGGAAGAAGAACACCACGAAAAGAGAACUGCCCUUUUUAUCAGAUAAAAAGGACAGCCUGCAGCACACUCCCGUGAAGAAGCCAAAGGUGGAGUCAGCGUCCUACAAGAGCGAUGACUCCUCAGAUGAAGAUCUGCUUCACAUCGACACGGAGGCCAAGCCAGGGUGCAACUCCAAAGUAAAGAAGGAGACUGGGAGCUCAGCAGGAAUUCUUGACCUUUUGCAGGCAAGCAAGGAAGUUGGGGGUUUAGAGUAUAACACCAACAGCCAGCCACCUGCCUCGCCCAGCACACAGGAAGCCAUCCAGGGCAUGCUCUCCAUGGCCAACCUCCAGUCAUCAGAGUCCUGCCUGCAGACGUCUUGGGGCACCAACCAGGCGAAGAACAACUCCAUCUCCACACAAAACUCUAAAAAAGCAGGAGGGGGUGGCAACAAAAACACCAGCAAGCAGCUGCUGAAGAAGAGCACAAAGAACAGCAUCGACAUGGAGGAUUAUGAUGAGGAUCAGGACCACUUAGAUGCCUGCUUUAAAGAUUCAGAUUAUGUUUACCCUUCUCUGGAAUCAGAUGAAGAUAAUCCAGUAUUCAAAUCCCGGUCAAAGAAAAGGAAAAGCUCAGAUGAUGCCCCUUACAGUCCAACGGCACGCGUGGGCCCCUCCGUGCCUCGCCAGGACAGACCGGUGCGAGAAGGCACGAGAGUCGCCUCCAUCGAGACCGGGCUCGCCGCUGCCGCCGCCAAGCUGUCACAGCAGGAGGAACAAAAAAGCAAGAAGAAAAAAAAUACCAAAAAGAAGCUGUCAAGCGCCAACGUGAACAAAGUGGCUCAGGAGGGCAGCUCACCAGAGCCGAAGCUGGAGUCCCAGGCCAGCAGCCUCACAGAUCAUGAGUACACCGCAGGGGUCAGCACCUUUGGGGUCGCCCAGCCUAACAGGGGAUCGCAGCCGAUGGCACCCGGUGUGUUCCUCACACAGAGGAGACCCUCAGCAUCCUCGCAGAACAAUGCCUCCACCAAAGGAAAGCGCACGAAGAAGGGCAUGGCCACGGCCAAGCAGCGGCUCGGCAAGAUCCUGAAGAUCCACCGGAACGGGAAGCUGCUGCUCUAGCGGCGGGGCCGGCGGGCAGCCCGGCGGCGCCGCGCCUGGGGAGCGCUGCCGCCUGACGCCGGGGCCAGCACCACAGCAAUCCCUUUGAACUUUCAGCGGUCGGAGUGUACAGAAUCCUGCUAUAAAUAUUUUUUAAUAUAGAUGUCCUUUCUCAGAGCGCUGAGAGUGACUAGCCGCAAAACGCCAAUACUAACCCCGGCUGCGAAGGAGCGGGCGCUUUCCCCCGGCCCCGGGCGGAGCCGCCAGCGGAGCAGCAGCAGCAGCGACGCGGGAGAGGCCCCGCUCCGAGCUGGGGGAGCCGCCAGCGGAGCAGCAGCAGCGACGCGGGAGAGGCCCCGCUCCGAGCUGGCGGAGCCGCCAGCGGAGCAGCAGCAGCAGCGACGCGGGAGGGACCCCGCUCCGAGCUGGGGGAGCCGCCAGCGGAGCAGCAGCAGCAACGCGGGAGAGGCCCCGCUCCGAGCUGGGGGAGUCACCAGCGGAGCAGCAGCAGCGGCGCGGGAGGGACCCCGCUCGGAGCUGGGGGAGCCACCAGCGGAACAGCAGCAGCAGCGACGCGGGACGGACCCCGCUCCGAGCUGGGGAAGCCACCAGCGGAGCAGCAGCAGCAGCGGCGCGGGAGGGACCCCGCUCCGAGCUGGGGGAGCCACCAGCGGAGCAGCAGCAGCAGCGGCGCGGGAGGGACCCCGCUCCGAGCUGGAGGAGCCGCCAGCGGAGCAGCAGCAGCAGCAGCGGCGCGGGAGGGACCCCGCUCCAGGCCAAGCCGCGGGGCCGGCCCGGGGCUGCUGGGGUGGGCUGUGAGGCGGUGGGCGCGUUUCUCAGGCAACCCCCCCCCCUCCACGGUCGCCCUUUGUAGCUGCGUUUCCCGAGGCAUCCUUUUCCUAGAAUGUAGCUUGUACAUAGCUUUUGGAAUAACCACCACCGGUUUUUUUAUAAGGGGAAGAGUCUCUCCGGGGCGCCGCCCGCCGGUACCAGCUCUUUGCGUAACUUCUUGUACGAGGAGGGAAGACAAGUUAUUUUACUAGCACCUUGUGGAGUGUUUUCCGUGUUUUGUGACGAUGUAAUUUAUUAAUGUUUGUAGCUUUUUAUAUUUGUACAUUUCUUAUGGGCUUUGUUUAUAUACACACAUUACUGGGGCGCGGUGCCCGCGGGGAACCAGAGCCACCCGCGGCCGGGGGCCGGGGUCCGAGGGGCCCGAGCCGGCCAGGGCGUCGCGCCGGCUUUUUUUAUUAUGAUUAUUAUUAUUAGUAGUAUUAUUAUUAUUUUUUUCGCGACAUGUACAUUUCUAACAAAGUUUAUCGUGGCUAUCUAUCUA